AUGUACAUAUAUUCUCUUUCUAUAUUACGGUCUCUCUCUCUCUCUCUCUAUUUAUCUAUGCUAGUUUUUCCUAUCUAUCUAUCUAUCUAUCUAUCUAUCUAUCUAUCUAUCUAUCUAUCUAUUCAGGUCACUUCAUAUACGUCCAUUACAUUCUGUUCAUACCAUUCUAUCUAUCUGAUAUUUGUCUCCAUUUAUAUUUCCAUGGCUACAAAGAUAACUUUUAAAUAUUUGAACUUCUAUCAAAAUCAUUUUCAAUUUCUCUCAGUCUCUCACACACCUCUUUCUGUCCCCUCUCUCCCCACUCUUUUCUUAGAACAUUCCCAUAAUUCUUUCUUUCUAUUUUAUUUCAUAUUUCUUUGUUUCUUAGAAUUUCAUGUGUUGUCCUUCUUCUUUUCCUUCUUUCUUUUAUUCAAAAUCCUUUAUCUUUCUUCCUACUUUUUCAUAUCACGUAUAACCAAUUUUCUUUCUUUUCUUCAUUCUUUCUUUCCUUCUUUCUUUCUUUCUUUCUUUCUUUCUUUCCUUCCUUCCUUCGUGUUUUACUUUCUUUUUUAUUCAAGUCUUGUCCUUCCUUCCAAUGUUCCUAUAUUUCAUAUGAUACAGAAUAAGUUUUCUUUCUAUCUAUCUAUCUAUCUAUCUAUCUAUCUAUCUAUCUAUCUAUCAUUCUUUUCUUUUCUUUCUUUCAUCCAUCCUUUUUCUUUCUUUUUUCUUUCUUUUCUUUUCUUUUCUUUCUUUUCUUUCUUUCUUUCUUUCAUUCAUUCAUUCUUUUUUUUUCUUUCUUUCUUUCUUUUUGUUCUUUCUUCCUUUCUUUCUUUCUUUCUUUCUUUCUUUCUUUCGUUGGUGUUUUACUUUCUCACUUUUAUUCAAGUCUUCUCAUUCCUUCCUUACUUUUAUUCUAUUUUUUAUAUCACGCAAAAUCAUUUUUCUUUCUUCUCGUUUGUUCUUUCUUUCUUUCUUUCUUUCUUUCUUUCUUUCUUUCUUUCUUUCCUUCCUUCGUGUUUUACUUUCUUUUUUAUUCAAAAUAAGUUUUCUUUCUAUCUAUCUAUCUAUCUAUCUAUCUAUCUAUCUAUCUAUCUAUCAUUCUUUCUUUCUUUCUUUCAUCCAUUCUUUCUUUCUUUCUUUCUUUCUUUCUUUCUUUCAUUCAUUCAUUCUUUUCUUUUCUUUCUUUCUUUCUUUUUUUUUCUUUCUUUCUUUCUUUCUUUCUUUCUUUCUUUCUUUUUUCGUUGGUGUUUUACUUUCUCUUUUUUCAAUUCUUUCAUUCCUUCCUUUACUUUUUUAUUCUAUUUUUUUUAUGUUCAAAAUCAUUUUUCUUUCUUCUCAUUUGUUCUUUCUUUCUUUCUUUCAAAUCUCAUUCCUUGUCCUUCUUUUUCUUACCCUGUCGUUUUUUCAAGUCUUGUUCUUUUUCCUUUCCUAUUUUUUCGUAAUCAAUUUUCUUCCUUUCUUUCUUUUUUAAAAUUUCAAGUCUUUUCCUUUUUUUCCGGUUUUGUUUUUUCUCCUUUCUUCUUAUUUAUUUUUUAUUUCUCGCUAAACUAA